AUGACUUCCAAGGAGGACGGCAAGGCGGCGCCGGGGGAGGAGCGGCGGCGCAGCCCGCUGGACCACCUGCCGCCGCCCGCCAACUCCAACAAGCCGCUGACGCCUUUCAGCAUCGAGGACAUCCUCAACAAGCCGUCGGUGCGGAGAAGUUACUCGCUGUGUGGGGCGGCGCACCUGCUGGCCGCCGCGGACAAGCACGCGCCGGGCGGCUUGCCCCUGGCGGGCCGCGCGCUGCUUUCGCAGACCUCGCCGCUGUGCGCUCUGGAGGAGCUAGCCAGCAAGACCUUUAAGGGGCUGGAGGUCAGCGUCCUGCAGGCAGCCGAAGGCCGCGACGGGAUGACCAUCUUUGGGCAGCGGCAGACCCCCAAGAAGCGGCGAAAGUCGCGCACCGCUUUCACUAACCACCAGAUCUACGAGUUGGAAAAGCGCUUCCUAUACCAAAAGUACCUGUCCCCCGCCGAUCGCGACCAAAUCGCGCAGCAGCUGGGCCUCACCAACGCGCAGGUCAUUACCUGGUUCCAGAAUCGGCGCGCCAAGCUCAAGCGGGACCUGGAGGAAAUGAAGGCCGACGUGGAGUCCGCCAAGAAACUGGGCCCCAGCGGGCAGAUGGACAUCGUGGCGCUGGCCGAACUCGAGCAGAACUCGGAGGCCACAGGCGGCGGUGGUGGCGGCUGUGGCAGGGCCAAGUCCAGGCCUGGUUCUCCGGCGCUCCCCCCAGGCGCUCCGCAGGCCCCGGGCGCUGGGCCCCUGCAGCUCUCACCGGCCUCUCCGCUCACGGACCAGCCAGCCAGCAGCCAGGACUGCUCGGAGGACGAGGAAGACGAAGAGAUCGAUGUGGACGAUUGAGCGGCGCCGGGAUCUUCCGCUGCCUGGGCCCCUAACGCCCGCUGGUCGCCUCCUGGACCGGACCGCAGAGAGGAGCUGGGACCUCCUCUGGAACUCCCGCUUUCUCCCUUGUCUCUGGCCCCGGACUCGGCUCUCAGCAGCCGCCUCUUUCCUCUCGAAGCAAUAAACCCCGGGCUGGCCGGCCGGGCCGGCCACCGCACGCGGCCUCAGCCGCCCCCGGAGCCCUCGCCGUGCAAUUCUGUAUGGCUUCUGUAUAAAUAUUUAAACUUACAUAGCGGGUUUUUCCCCAUUGCAGCCUGAUUUUUUUCUUUUAUUUUUUUAAAUCUCGGAGAUUUCGGUGUUUUCAAAGCUCUUGGACUGCUGGGUUUGCUGAGGGCGAGGCAGAAUCCAGGGCGGCGAACACAAACCUGCAGUCUAGAGGAGGGGGCAGCAACCGCUAUUUUGAUUUUUCUCUGCAUGUGGCGAAUGCACGGGCCCACUCCCUCCUCGCCGCCCUCGUCCUAUUGCAGUUGACUUAUUUCCUUCUGCCUGUUUUCCCGCUUGGGAAGGGGAUGAGAGGGGUAGCUGGGUCCUGACUUGCAAGUUUCAAAAUUGAUCUUUCCUCUUCCACCCCAAGAGAAGUCUGUUUUCGAUGCCAUUUCUGUCUCCCAAUGCCCACUAAUGCUAUUUUGAAGAUUCUUCCCUCUCUCCCACAUUUCCUUGCAUUUCCUCAGACUGACUUCAGAAGUCCGAGUCUUAGGGACAAUGCAGGGGAAAAAUCAACCAACCAACCAUCGAAAACAGAACCUAAAGCCCUAGAAUUAUUUUUUACUCUUUUUAGAAUUUUUUUGCAUGUGACAGAGACAGAGAGGAGGCCCACCCAAGUCCUUAUCCCACCGCCUCUGCAGCUCUGGGUCUCUCUUGCUGUCCCCAACCCUAUUCCUAACUGGACUUGGCCAGACAAGGGUGGCCAGAUGAGGGUGGUCCUGAGUGCCCCUUCCCUGCUCCUGCCCUCUCCUCCCUGGACUGUACCCAAGGCCUCUUUCUCCAAUAAAGUCUUUGCCAUUUUA